UUUCCGGCACCGCAAUGCACGGAAUGAUUUGUCUCUGGGAUAUUCGCCACGCCAAUAAUUUCUCCAUCUCUCCAAAUCCAGGUUCUCUCAAGUGCAAACGAGUGGCUGAUGGCUGGACCGCCUAUCUCGGACGCAACCAGAGCUCCUCACCUAUCUAUUCUCUCCAACUUGAUCAUUCUAAAAUAUAUGUCGCUUUGGCGAAUCAAACUUGGAUAAUGGACUUUGGUGGGAAGACUUCCGAGAGUAAACGUAUCGAAAAGAUAAAACAUAUUGCAAGACGUACGAAUAGGAGAAGUUGGCGUAAUAGAGGUGUAAUGGCAGGAACGAAUGCGAGGGAGACGAAGGAAUCAACUCUGUUUUAUCUACACGAUAAUUGGUCUGAAAUAUAUGAAUUGUAG